AGGGAGAAGCUGCAGGAAGCCAGGGCCCCUCUGAAACAGGCCUGGGUGAAAGCAGGCCUGCUGAGCCCCGUAGGCACUCAAGGCAGGGAACAAUGGGGCUGGUGGGGACCUGCUGCUCUCACCUUGAACAGCAGCAGCAGCAGCAACAGCUGGGAGCAGGAAAUCAGGACUUCAGAGUCUUCUUCUGGUAAUCCAAGAUGGACUCUUCCCCAGAACUGCUGGAGACCUCUCCCAAUGACCCCCAACUUGGAAUGCAAGGGCUUCAUCCACGGAGAGCUGCAACCAGGGCAGUUGUGUGUGGGGGGGGGCUGGGGCAGCUGGAGCAGAAAGAUUUUCCCACAUUUGGGAGCCUUUGAUCUUCCCCAGCUGCUUCUUUCCAGAGAGAUUGCCCAAGGGAGGAAAGGAAGGAAUCCCCAUAGAUCGCUUUGGGAUCAGAAGGAGCUUUGCUUCCGGAAGUUGCUCCGUAUAACAACAGAAAUAUGAACACGAAGCUCUUGAAGAUCGGGAUCCUGACGGCGGUGCUCUUGGCCAUUGCAAUUGGCGUUGGGCUGUUCUUUGGGCUGCGCCCACAGCCACAAAAUCACAUCUACGCAAAGGCAGCAGUGGCUACCGAUGCAGGCCCCUGUUCGGUCAUCGGGAGGGACAUCCUUCAGAAAGGGGGAUCCGCUGUGGAUGCUGCCAUUGCCAGUCUCCUGUGUGUGGGCCUGAUGAACCCCCACAGCAUGGGCAUCGGAGGGGGCCUUUUUUUCACCAUCUUCUCAGCAGAGGGGAAAGUGGAAAUCAUUAACGCCAGAGAAGUGGCACCCAAGAAUGCGUCCCGAGACAUGUUUGGCAACAACACCGCUCUGUCCCAGAAAGGUGGAUUAUCCAUUGCAGUUCCAGGAGAAAUCCGUGGCUACGAAAUGGCCCACCAACGACAUGGCAAACUGCCUUGGAAGGAGCUGUUUCAGCCCAGCAUCCAGUUAGCCAGAGAAGGCUUCCCUGUUGGUAAAGGCCUGGCCAAAGCCCUGGAGUCCAGGAGCAGUGAAGUUGAAAGCAUCCCAUCCUUGUGUGAGGUCUUCUGCAAAAGCGGGAAGGUGCUGCAGGAGAAGCAGCUCCUCCGCCUGCCCAAACUGGCCAGCACCUAUGAGACCAUCGCCAAGCAGGGUGCAGACGCCUUCUACACUGGCAGCCUGGCACAGCAGAUGGUGGCCGAGGUCCAAGACGCAGGUGGGAUCCUUACCAUGGAGGACUUGAGGGAUUACCGACCAACCCUGGAAGAAAACCCUUUAAAAGUGCAACUUGGCCAGUUCAGCAUGUAUGUGCCCAGUGCGCCUCUAAGUGGUCCUGUGCUGGCCCUGAUUCUCAACAUCCUGAAAGGCUUCCAGUUCUCUAAGAACAGCACUCUGACUCCAGAAGAGAAGGGCUUGACGUACCACCGCAUCUUGGAGGCUUUUCGCUUUGCCUACGCCAAGAGGAGUUUACUUGGAGACCCUGCAUAUGUCAAUCUCACAGAGGUGAUGAGAAACAUGACAUCAGAGUCCUUUGCCAACAGUUUGCGGGGCAAAAUCACCAACACUACCCAUAACAUCAACUAUUAUGAACCAGAUUACUACACUCCGGAGCAUGCUGGGACAUCCCAUGUCUCAGUCGUAGCUGAGGAUGGCAGCGCGGUCUCGGCCACCAGUACCAUCAAUCACUACUUCGGCUCCGACCUCCGUUCCCCUGUGAAUGGCAUCAUCUUCAACAAUGAGAUGGAUGACUUCAGCUCCCCCCACAGAGUGAAUGGCUUUGGGGUCCCCCCUUCAGUGGCCAACUUCAUUGCCCCAGGUAAACAACCUUUCUCAUCCAUGUGUCCGACUAUCCUGGUGGAUGAGAAGAACAAAGUCAGGAUGGUGGUCGGUGCUUCUGGAGGGACAAAAAUCACAACAGCAACAGCCCUGACAAUCAUCAACGCCUUGUGGUUUGGCUAUGAUGCUAAGACUGCUGUGGAGGAGCCGCGAGUUCAUAACCAGUUGUUCCCCUCAGCUACGCUUCUGGAGAAGGAUGUGAAAAAGGAAAUAGAAGAAGACCUGGUGAGAAGGAAACACGAGGUCAAGAGGACCAAUGAAGGUGCUGUGGUGCAGGCCAUUCUCUGGACUGAAAAUGGUUGGGCUGCAGCCUCCGAUUCCCGGAAAGGGGGCUUCCCAGCAGGAUACUGAGCUGGCCAGCUACACGUAGCUCAGAAGGCCUGAGACUGACAGGCUCACCACGUUCUACAGAUCUCUGGAGCAAGUGAUUCUGCAUCUCACCAAUGUGGACCGUGGGAUAGAUUUAUAAUGAACAUAGGAUGAUGAGAUGACCAUGGGACACUGCUUCAUUGACAAAUACUACAUAUAUAUGUAGAGAUAUAGAAAAAAAAAUCCAGCUGUUGGCCUCCGCUUGGCCUUGGCAUUUUUUAAGGAUCCACAGAAUCCGGCCAUUGGUUCCUUGGUGGAUCCCCUGCUGGAUGCAGGAAUUGCUAGCAAGGCCUCCUGGAGAAAGCCAGACAACCCAAAGUGGCUUUAGUGGCUUUGUGUCUCUGGCAGCAGAAAAGGCAUCCCAGCUGCUCCCACUGGUCCCUUUCCCAGACAGGUCAGCAGAUGGCGCUCUACACUGGCGAACCUAGAGCAGAAGGAGAUUGCCCUCCCUCCGAGUGGAUGGGGUGAGAGGCGGGUGGCCUCCACAUGGGCUGUCAGCCAACCCAGGUGUGUUUCGUCCAGGUGCAAGGAAACCUGAUAAUUGGGCUGCUUUUUGACCCAGGUUCAGAAGACAGACAGAGGACUGUGGGAAGACUUGGGCCUUGGGCGACAGAGAGCUCUCUCGCCCCUUUGGCAGCCAUGCCCCCUUCUGCUGCCCCAGCUACCCUUUGGGCUGAUUCACCUAACCUCCCUCCCCCAAAGCAGAGUGGGCUGGAAGGCAGCUCCCACAGAUCAGAGCCCCCCCCCCCGCGCGCUCUAGAGGAGCCAAUGGGGAACCAGGCCAUUCCCAGCACAAGGCAUCACCCACCCACAGCAAGAAGGCAACGGGUUAGUGGGGUGCCAACCAAAAUGGGGCCAGGGUCAAAAAGAAAUGACUUCAAAAUAGCUUAUAAAAAGGCUGUUUAUAAUAUUCUCAUCCUUUCUCAAGUGUUAUGCCCGGAUAUCACAACUGAAUGAUUACGUAUUGAAAAAAAACAUACUAUUCAUUCAGCCUAAAACUGCAUGUCCUCUUUUUGCGGCCCAGUCAGGCUUCUAAAGAUUCUAGUCAAGCUUCAAUAUCUUUUUGGCAAGUCUGUGGCCAACUAGGUAUUUCCCCGUCCCACACUGGGCAUCUGAUGGAUCAUUUUCUAAGUAAGGACUUUGUGGCUGCUACAUUUCAUCUAUUUCUCUGUAUCAUUGUAAUCUUUUUCUUUCAAAAGGUUUUUGUGUGUCAGAUAACCCUCCCCACCACUGGUUCACCAUUAAUCAGAUAAGCUGGGAGGACCAGUUUGGACGUGUGACCUGUCACUUAACGAUGCCUCUCUCCAGAUCAGUGAGACUCUGUGCCAGGCUUGCCCCAGCUAGAAAGACCCUCGACUCCAUUGGGUUGAAGGAAUGAUGUGUUCUUUUACUAAGGAUGGCAGAGCUGGCACUCUGGCUUAUUUUUCAUAUGGUGUAGCUCAUAUUUAAUUAUCCUUCUCUUCCUUAAAAAUGAGGUGAGGUUAAUUCAGAGAUUUUCUUUAGAAGAAAGCUUGCUAAAGAUAAUCCAAAUCCACGGAAUUUGGUUGGGGCAAGAAGACAAGGGAUGUUUCUUCGGUUACCUGAAAGAGACCAAAAAUUAUGUGGCUGUGCAGGAGACGGAUAAUCAGUUUCUUUUGAUUACACUUACAGGGUUUUUCAUGCUCUCCAAUUUAUCCUCUGGCACCAGGAAGGCCUCCAGGGUGGGAGGGCAAAGCUUGGGGCAUUCAGCCCCUCCCCCCCCAGCCUGACCUCGGUCCUAGAAACUGGGCUUUCUGGAAAGUGAGCACCCACUCUGGAUCGAGGAAACGAUUUUAAAAAGCGAGCACAAUCCAGGCACUUCCCAGCACAAAAGUGGGUGGAAGUGCAUGUAGAACCAAGACAAUGAGCAGGCUGGCCCACUGGAGCCCCCGAGGGGAAGCUGCCCAUUGCCCCCCUCCGUCCUUGAUGUCCCACUGAGGACAAGCCGCAGAUUGCCUGCCCAAAGGGGCUGAAGGGAAAGCUGCCCAUGUUGCAGCGCUGACCCCAAGGAGGGUGGCUGGAAUGGGCUUGUCAAGAGGUGCGCGCCAUGGCCAUGGCCAAACAAAGGGAAAAAACGAAAUCCUUGAAAAUCCUCCAGAAACAAUUCUCAGCCUAAAAUAAAAUGUUUCUGAAUUGGGAAGCUUUGAAAAGAGUUGAAAAGAAACAGACCCGGAAAUAAUUUGUGAAAAUAUACUUUAAACUUUCUAUAGAGCAAAUGUGUGCAUGAAGAAAUAAAAAAAAGCUCAUAAUC